UCUAGUCCUAGUCAAUUUUGUUUGAGUCAAUCUUUAAUUUAUUAGUUUACUCCCAUACCUGUGAAUAAUUGAUUCUUAAUAUACUUAUUACAUAAUAAUUUAAUUGAGAGGUUGAUAUGGAUAGUAACAGUGGUUCAGGCAAAAGAGUAUUUGAUAAUACUGCUCCAGGAGGAGGAAGGGUUGAUUGGAGCAAAAUAGAUCCCAAGAAAGUAGAUGAUUUUAGAGACAUGAUUAGACAACAAGAGGAAAGAAAGAAAAAUUAAUCUAGUGGUCAGGGCAGCAGUAAAUAACUAUAUUACCCAUACGUGGUAUUCGCAACACCUUUUUACGAGCUUUCUCUUGUUUGAUUAUUAGAAAACAAGUGCUCUUUAGUAAUAGUGCUUUCAAAAAAUUGACACUGUUAUCAGUUGUCGGUGUGUCGACAUAUCGAGUCUUCACCCAUUCUUUAUCCCUGGAGAUUCACCACCUUGUCGUUUGAAAUCUUGAAACCAUACUUUUCUUAGAUAAUAAGGAGCAUGAGAUGUUAUUUCAAGAUAUGGAGCACAGUUCACGGGAGGAAUAUCUUCAAUUAAGCACCCUGUAGCAAUAGGAGUGUCGUGUAUCACUGAGAGGACAAUUAUCUUAGAUUAGUUCCUGUUUAUCUUUUGUAAUCGGCUUGUGAUCGAUUUUUUGCAUCAGGCGGAUUUAGUUGCACGGAAUCAAAUGGAUGAAACUAAAACUCUUGACAGCGUUCUAGUUGCAAGGCUACUAGAAAUGGGGUUUUCAAAUGAAGAGGCCAGUGUUGCAUUGUCAAGGUCUGAUAAUUCUAUGGAUGGAGCACUCGCUUUUCUGCUGCAAGAUGAGCCCUUAGCACCAUUGAAUGAGGGUCUAGAAUCUGCAUCUGAAGAAGUCUCCGAAAUUGCAGAGCCGAAUUUGGGGGAGGAAGGAGACUGGGAGGAUGUUGAUGAAGAAGCCCGUGAAGAUCCAAUCAAAAUGAUGAUUGCGGUCAACACAGAAUUUAAAAUGAGUGUUGGGAAAACAGCUUCACAGGUUGCUCAUGCUGCUGUCGGACUCUACAGUACGAUCUCAUCUAAAAAAGCAUACAGUAGAUUUAUACGGGAAUGGAAUGAAGAAGGAUCUAAAAAAGUAGUUCUUGAUGGCAAAAAUGCUGCCAAUUUAAAGCUUCUGAUCGACAAAGCAAAAACAUUGAAGGUCAGACACUGUGCCAUUGAAGACGCCGGGCUGACAGAAGUUCCGCCUGGUUCUCUCACGGCUGUGGCGUUCAUUGGUCGAGCGUCAGUUGUUGACAAAGUCACGUCAUCGCUGCCUCUAUUGAAAUAAAGACGGAACGACGUCCUUUCCUAAAGAGAGGGGGCCAAAAGGCUACAAGAUACAGCGUCCAAAUGACUUUAUUAUAGAAAAGCGCUUUUUAAUUUGUGAUUGUCCAUGAAAAAAGAUUCUUCAGUACCAGAAACACUAAAUUGAUACGCUAGUAUCCCCGUUGAGAGGAGUAUUCAGCCAAAACUUUGACACAAAAAAUAUGGAACGGAAUUGAAAUUUCAAUGGUUUGAAAUGGGCAGUUGAAAAUUUUUGUCUAACGGAAAAGCGGUAUGAAGUUUGUUUGCCCUGCUCAGAGCCCAACAUCAUCAAAUUAUGAAGUAAUUUUUCCUCCUUGCCAGAUGGUAGAAGAAAAUCAGCAAUUUUCCCCAUUUUAACCAAUAUAAAACUUACAACCUGGCAACCUCGACGCCUUCAAAUCAGAAACUGAAUUAAACUGUUCGCAACAAAGAGUAUAAAGAGUACUUGAGUAUGAGAGAGUAUGCAUUUUCCAAUUUAGGGAUGGCAAUUUUUGAUAAUAAAAACGAUUUAAGUAAGUCUAUACGAUUUUCACAAAAUUUAAAAAAAAAAAAAAAAAAAAAAAAUUCUACUUAAAAAUCCACAGCCAAAAAUCAAUUUCAAGGAUUGAAAUGAUGAAAAAUUGAUGACAUGCUGUCAUUGCUGCCGCAAAAUUUGGACCAAAGUUUAAAAAAAAAACUUGUCAUGUCUCAAUGUGAUUGAUUUGAAAUUGCCAACUCUAUACUCUAUAGAAAACUCGAAAGCUUACUGUUUGACACAACCUGCCGAAAAUUGCUCCUCAGAAAAAUGUAUCUGUGUUUCAAGGUCUCCUUUUCCAGGGACAGUCACAUCUAGUAUUAAUUAAGAUUAAAAUUAGUGACAAACGUUCCUUAUCCAUGUUCAUUAACCCAUUUCUUUUUACAACAAAAAGAACUGAAAAUUGAUCAGUCUAAUUUUUUACGCCUAAGCUUUGGAUUUUCUUUUGCCACAAGUCUGAAAAAUUCAUCUACUGAGAAAGCCUUCUAUAUUUUAAAUUAUUCAUUUUUCUCCGUUUAUUUUAUCAUUUAUCGAUUUAACUCAUUAGUACCCUUCUUAUCUUAGUAGAAUAUCCUUAUGAUUCUAGCCAUCAUACCCAUAGGAAUGUUUCCUAGAUGGUAGUCAUGAGGAAGUUAACAAUGUUGAUGCUCAUCAAGAAGUGUUUUCCUUACAGAGGCAAGAAAAUCGUUCUUAAUGGUAGGAAUACUGCAACUUUAAAAUUGUUGGUCGAACAAGCUAAGAAGAUGAAGUUGAAGAAUUAUGCAGUUCGUGAUGCAGGGCUAACUGAGAUUCCCCCAGGCUCUUGGACCGCCGUCGCUGUUAUUGGUCGAGAUUCAGCUGUCAGUAAAAUAUUCGGACAGUUACCUCUUUUGAAAUAAAAAUAUGUCGGUUAGUCUGAUAAUGCUUUUUUCCUAUUUUAGCAACCUGGGUUAAUUUUCAUGGCCCAAGUUCAAAAACACAUCCUUAAUAGAACAGUUUAAAAUGUUAGCCCAUUUUUGAUUGCUAUUGAAGGAAUUCAUCCUAUAUGGUUUUGGAAAUCUGCUGCAAUUUUCCUAUUUUUGCAAGGCAUGAUUUCCAAAAGAUCUGUGGGGUAAUGUUUAGCCCUUAUCUUUAAAAAAGUGUAAAUAUUAAUGCAGGAUAAAAAGAUUUAUUGAUUAAGUGCCGUUUAGAAUUGAAAUUUAACAAAUUCAAUCUACAUUAUCAUUUAUUUUACCUUAAUCUUACUGCGAAUGACGGAAACUUGUGAACCUUUUCCCCUCAGGUAUUGAUAAUUCAAUUAUCUAAAAUUACAAUUUCUUAUGGAAAUUUAUUUCCCUAGUCACUGUUCAGAAUGUAACUCAGAUUACUGAACCUGGAGCCAGACUGAAUUUCAGUUUGAUUGCGUGGAUUUGGCUGAUGUUUUUCCUGAUUUCAAAUUUCUAAAAAGCUCCAAAAUUUCCUUCCUUUUUCCUGACAAUUAUCCCAGUUUUCUCAACCUAUAGAUACCCUGCUGCAUGCUGAAGCCGAUUUUCUCUUCAACUCAUUGUCAGCUUGGUCUGCAUGUAAACCAGGCGGAUAAAGAAUGGUGGUCGCAUUUCGAUUUUGGCUACCAUCUUGAAGCGUUGUGACGUCAGGAGGGUACGCGUUUUGGGAUGCAAUUCGAGGUUGAGCUGGCCCAUUACCCAACUCACCCGAUACUGUGUUACGUCCAGAGGGUACGAAAUGCAACCACCAUUCUUUAUCUGCCUUGGCAUGUAAAAGUGUUAGUGAACUAUUUUGAAACACUACAGGUAAAUUUAAUUAGCAUAUAGUUGUGGAGGUGCACAUGUUACAGGCUGAUCCUGCAGCGUGGGCAAAUCUAGAUCAGCCGAAAGGCUUCUAGGUGUGCUUGUUUUUUUCCAGGCACAUGUAGAUGAGCUUAAGGUGGAUCUAGGAACAGCUGAGAGCGAUUUAGAUUUACCCGCUCAGCAGGAUUGGCUCCUAACAAACACUUAUCAAGGGCUAAGGAACAAUGCCAGCUAACUGUUAAUCUUAGCGAAAAUGAGUUAGCAACUCUGCCAUAUUCAACAGUAUUAAGUACGCAAGCUUUUGUUUUUAGUUUUCAUUAAUUCCGCAUGGGAGUGCGCUGUAACAGGUUUAAAAAAAUUGCAAUUUUGGCCUCAAAAUUAAAAAAAUAGCGUAAUUUUUUCUCUAUUAACAAAAUCGUCAGUUUGCAGAAAGACGAUAAUUUUACCUUAGUCUCUGAUAAGUAUGAUCCGCAUAUUCAAAUUUAAUUGGGUUAAAGACCCAUUUAGUCAAACCAUGUACAGUUCGCUGACGUAUCUCGAACAAAAGUUAGUGUAAGUUAGUCCAUGAAGGAAAAGUCUCAAGUUUUUAUGUUUCUAUCCAAACAGGUUUUAAUGUGGCUUUAUUUAGUAUCGUUUGGAACUCAAUUUUCCAAUAAGAAAAAUGGGUUGGUUUUCAUUCUGUAACUUGGUUUCAUUGAGAUGCUUCAUUUGAAUUUUGUUACUCUUUUUGUCUUUUUCAGAUUAAACUCUGAAAAAUCUUCAGUUUCAAUAAAAAUUCUGCUCAACAAC